CACCUUUACUCUCGCUCAACUUAUACCUGGAAGAGUGGCACUCUGAUCUGGAUCUUUUCAAGGAUUCCUUUAUUUUACUUUUACUGUGAUUACAAACAAUAAACCCAUUGUUUUAGUUGGCUUUAUCGGGAUCUAAGGCCAUGGGCAGCCAUGUGUACCAUGAUUGCGUGCUUCUUAAUUCGUCUCAUUGUCAAGUGCUUGAUAAAUUUGUGGAACUCCAGGAAAUGCUCUUGUGCUGUGACGCCCGCUGACAACCUGCAGGACCUGCAAGAGAGAGAAGACAAACCUGCUGUCAACAGUCAGUAACAAUCUUUAAGAAGAGCUGAACCAAGAUAACUUCUUUAAACAGAUUGGGUGCUAAGGGAACAAACACCUGACCUGUCGUGGAUGAGCUCCAGGACUGUUCUUCCUCCCUUCUUUGUUGGUGGUACACCGUUUGCUGCUUGUAUUUGGCCUCUUUGUUCUAUCCAUUCCCCUAUGUUUAUAUCAACCAGACCACGAGUCUGGUAAUGAUUUAUCCUCCCAGUCACGUGAUGCACGGGUACAUGUGACUGCUGCCCUCCCCCCUAUAAAAGCCCCAGCCCAACCCUCCUUUGCCUCCCGUUGCUUCUCGCACCAUGAGGAGGGCCAGGGGCUCCAUCUCUCUGUGAAUCUGGUCUCAACCUCGUGUCUUCAUGCUUUGGGGGUCCACUGGUGCUCCCGCCCUCUGUCGACCUCCCUGCACCUCUUGCCACCACGGCCGGCCACCCCAGUCGCCCUGUUGCCAUGCCGACAGAGACACUGGCUCCAAACCUGCCAGAUAGCAAGGCCACUGGCCCUGCCACACCCUUAAGCGCCACCGUCCCCCUCCGCAUCCUGAACAAGGGCCCUGACUACUUUAGGAGACAGGUUGACCCUAAUCCAAAGCGCCUCAGUGCUGUUGAGAGGCUAGAAGCUGAUAAGGCCAAGUAUGUCAAGAGCCAGGAAGUGAUCAAUGCCAAGCAAGAGCCCAUCAAACCACCCAUCCUGGCCAAGCCUGCUGGCCACGCCUUUUUGCUGAAGAGAGGCUCUGGGACUGUUGGGGGUGGAAAUGGAGGAGGGACACCUUUCAAAGCUUCCAAUAACAAUGCAAAGUCAGACUCCUGUGCAACAAGCAGCGGCGGCACCAAAAGGGAAAAUCUAAAUCUGGAGAUCUUAAAGAACCUGCUGAACUCCUCGUCGUCUUCAGGAGCCGGAUCCGAAGGGCUGGCGAGUGGAUCGAAGAGCGCUGUACUGAUGAGGUCAUCAGGUGGAAUAACCAGGAGUUGGACACCGUCUGGGAUGCCGUUAACCUACCGAUCAACAAUGACCCUCAACGAGCCCCCGCCAGACUCAGCCCCCAGCCCCAGCACCUCGCACUCCCUCAGGUCCUUCCCCCACUCUCUGAAGGUCCCCCUGACCAACAGUUGGGGGCGCUGCAGCCCACAGCUUGGAGGAAAUCUCAACCUCAGUAGAAGAGUCCAGGACGAGAGGGGAUACGAAGGCAUAGUUGUUGAACGUUCUCGUUCUCCGUUGCCGCCUCUGCUCUCCUCCCACUCGUCUUCCGACCUUCUUCGACUCUGCAACGGAAAACCGCUCCGCACAGCCCGAUCCAGCAGCUCCUCGGCUCCUCCCCUUCCUCCCAAACCCAAUCCUGCUUCUCUCCCUCCACCUGCGCUGUCCUUGUCGCUGCCACCUCGCCGGUCAGCAUUGUCCCUAGCCCCCUGUGACAACAGCACCCCCCAAUCAUUGCCCUGUCAUCUCGGAGACCCUCCCGAUGCCUCUGGUGAUGCAAACAUGGAACUUGAGCAAGGGCCAAACGUGGCGCUCCGCUCCUCACUGCACAGAUCGAAGUCCGACUUAUCAGAUCGCUACGCCCGGGCCGGGGCUGACGUGGAACGCUUUUUUAACUACUGUGGCCUCGACCCCGAGGAGUUGGAGGUGGUCGGUCUGGAGAACUUUGCACGAGCCAACUCAGACAUCGUCAGCCUGAACUUUCGAUCCGCUUCCAUGAUUUCAUCUGACUGUGACCAAUCACGGCGGUCCUCCAACGACGGAGUAUCAGAGGGAGAUGAGGCUGAGGACGAGGAAGAGGAAGCUGGCGAGCGCGUACCUUAUGGCAUCUCAGCUGUCGAGCGGAAUGCAAGAGUCAUUAAAUGGCUGUACAGCAUCAAACAAGCCCGAGAGACUCAGAAAGUCUCACACGUUUGAGAUUGGUACUUCUGCGGAGUGGGGGGGGGGGCUUGAAACCUCUGACAAUCUGUCCUGAGUAUGUGGAUCAAAUGAAAGAGCCACAUUUUUCUAGACGGAUAUUCGUACAAACAGAUAAGUCAAAGAAUGAACGAAAAGAGGGACAAGAACUGAAAACAAACUGGGUCCAAACUACAGGAGACCGGAGAUGUUUGAAGAUGUGGUGGAAACGAUUGGAAUCCCCCAACUUUUACUUCAAGUGAGAGACAGAAACAAAUGUAAAUGCAAAAGUUUUAACAAGAAAGACUAAACUAUAAGUUGUUUCUCCAAGGACACAAAAUUGGCAGGUCGUGUCAGUUUUUUUGAAACAACGGAAAUGCCUGCAGUGCAGGCAUUCAAGUACUCAUGAAGCCAGCACUUCAAUGUGCUCCCCCUGAAGACGUUGGGACUUGUCUGACAUUUCUGUCAAGGCCAGUUCUGUGUAGCCUGUUCUUUUAUUCCUUCCUUUUUUGUCCUCCCGUUCAUGCUCAGUUGUCUUAUCUGUCGAGCUGUUCAAACGGUCUGCAGAGCUCUCUUCUCAUGGUUGACCAAUCGGACGAAAAAGGUUUCUUGAGAAAAUAUCAACAUCCAAAGUAGCACACACAAAUCGAAGGUUCCUGGAGAUGUGGACCAUUGUUCCCACUUUCUAGUACAAUUGCUGUUUCGUGUUUAUUUUGCACAAAGUUGGACCAGGAGCAUUUUGUGUUUUGCAUAGUCAGCUGACCUGUGAUGAAUGUGCCAACUGGUUUUAGAGUUGAAGUUUGUGGUUCUGUGUCAAAUCAAUGAGCCAGGCUCCCAGCUGCCUUGUAGCCCACGUCAUAGCCACUUCUCCUCGUAGAAACCAUUUGUGUGGACUUGACCUGGACUAGAACUAUUGCUUUUGACCCUUGGUGGUGGUGUUGCACUUUCUGCAGCUGUUUCCCACCCUUUUUUGAGGAGCUGCAUCAAGGUUAACAUUUCUGCUUUUAUCAAACUAAAGUCAGAUAGGUGGCUUAAGCACAUCAUUUACCUUUUCUAAAGUGUUGACCCCUCACACAGGAGGAAUUACUUCCUAAUUGAGAGCUUAGAAAGCUCAGACCUUCCCAAAGGAAAUAAAAAUUCCAAAUGUGCUGAUGUACUUAAGCCGUUAACGUCCUGCGACAGCUCCAAGUCCUCUUAAUGAACAGUCUAACUUCUGGUACUGUUCUCACAGAGCAUUGUGAACAACUGCACAAAAAUGUAGAAGUCCGAGGUCCAGUCCAGAGGAGCUCCAUGUGGAUUCAACACAGAACCACGAGCCAAGCUUUAAACCUGAAAAUGUUGGACAAAACACCUGGUUUUAUUGUAUGGGCGAAGAAAGAAGAGCUUUUUGACUCCAAAUGCAAAUGUUUGCGGUUUUCACUGCAGUCCAUCCAGCAGGCAUUGAUGCAGAGUUCACACCUCGCUUGUAGCUCAUGUGAUGAACGGCUAAGAGGAUUGACCUGUUGACCUGCACGCCAUUACCAGUGCUGAUGCUAAGCAAAAAAAAUAAAACAUCUGUAAGAAAAAGAAAAAAACACAAUAAAAGCAAGAUGAAUAAAUUCUA